AUGACGGGAAGAGACGAGGCAACAGAUGAAAAACCAAAGCUUAAACUUUAUCCAUCUUUCGGAAUCGACAAAUCGCGAUCUGGAUUUAGGUCCAAAGGGUUCGCCAUCACAGACUUGCUGGGUCUGGAGUCAGAACUCCAGCCUCAUCAGUCCGGUCCGGGAGCAAGUGCCAAUGGAGAAGUGCAGAGCGCGGGGGUUGGAGGCUUUUCUUUUUCCGGAGGAUCGUUGCCACUCGGACUGGGUUUUCUUUGCAGUUUGGCGGCGCAGCAACCUCCCGGUGCCCCGUGUUUUUUGCCGAGCCAUAUACCGCUUCUGCAGUCAAGGACAGAGGGACACUUUAUGCAGAAUUUGGAGCAACAUCGGGAUCCCUAUUCUGAUGACGAGUGUCUUUCUGGAGAUCGCAAUGAUGGUAAAAACUCAGGGAAUUCACAAAAGAGGAAAAAAAGAAGGCACAGGACAGUAUUUACCUCACAUCAACUUGAAGAACUAGAGAAAGCCUUCCACGAAGCGCACUAUCCAGAUGUUUACGCACGAGAAAUGCUGGCUAUGAAGACAGAAUUACCAGAGGACAGGAUACAGGUAUGGUUUCAAAACCGUCGUGCCAAGUGGAGGAAAAGAGAGAAGUGCUGGGGUCGCAGCAGCGUUAUGGCGGAAUACGGGUUGUACGGUGCCAUGGUCCGCCACUCCAUUCCACUUCCAGAAUCCAUAAUCAACUCUGCCAAAAAUGGGAUGAUGGGUUCCUGCGCUCCCUGGCUUCUAGGAAUGCACAAAAAAUCUAUAGAAAUUGCGAAAAAAGCCCCUGGCACCCCUGACUCCACAAAUUCCGAUUCGUAUUCAGAGGAACAGAAGGAGAAAGACAGCGACACCACAUGGUCAAGUGGAGGUAAUGGCGCUGACGACUCCGAAGACAUGGCAAUGGAUUUGUCCAGCACUUCGAAGCAAGAAAAUAAAUGCACUUUGAAAAGAUCACCACCUCGCACAGAACCAAGCAGUGAAUCUGAAUCCGAGAGUUAG